UUUUUUGCACCAAGGGAUAUCAAAUUCGUAGUUUUUGUUCUCUUCAUAUGCUUCUCGAUCAAAUCCCAUCUCUCCUUUGGAUCAGAUACCAUCUCCUCAAAUCAAUCCCUCUCUGGUGAUCAAACCAUUGUUUCCGUAGGUGGGAUCUUUGAAUUAGGCUUUUUCAAGCCAGGUAAUUCUUCAAACUACUACAUAGGCAUCUGGUACAACAAGUUGUCUGGAAAAACCAUUGUUUGGGUGGCAAAUAGAGAUAAACCAAUCUAUGAUCGGUAUUCUUCUGUGUUAAGAUUCUCGCAUGGUAAUUUAGUCCUUUUCAACGAAUCCCAAAUACCAAUUUGGUCCACGAGUUUGAACUCUGUCACCACAAGUUUUGUACAAGAACUGGAAGCAGUUCUUCUGGAUGAAGGGAAUCUUGUUUUAAGAGAUUGGUCCACUAAUUCGUCAGUGACGUAAUGGCAAAGUUUCGAUAAUCCAACUCAUACAUGGCUCCCUGGUAUGAAGAUUGGACGGAACAGGAGGACCAAAGUGGCAAAAUUUCUCACUUCAUGGAAAAAUAAAGAAGAUCCUGCACUCGGUCUGUUCUCCUUUGAGCCAAAUCCAGAUGGAUCCGAUCAAUAUGUGAUGUUGCGGAACAGGACUGAACAAUACUGGAUUAGCGGAUUAUGGAAUGGACAAUAUUUCAGCUUGGUUCCUGAAAUGAUGUACCUUAAAAGUAAUGAUAUGUUCAACAUCAGCCAUGUUUCGAAUGAGAACGAGAGCUAUUUCACAUAUUCUGUAGCAGCUCCAAUAACAUUUCAAUUUGUUAUGGACGCUUCAGGGCAGGUUCAGCAAAUGUAUUGGUUAGAGACUAGCAAGACUUGGUUUCAGUUUUGGUCUAUACCGAGAAACCCUUGUGAGGUUUAUGCUUAUUGCGGUGCAUUUGGCAGCUGCCGUGAGCAAAAUAAGCCUUUCUGUGAUUGUUUGUCAGGGUUUAAGCCAAAUUCGGAGCAUGAUUGGAACUCGCUAGAGGAUUAUUCUGGUGGUUGUCAGAGGAAAUCGCAACUGCAGUGUGAAAAUAGCAGUCUUGUCAAUGGAAAGAGCGACAAAUUUAUGGCAACGUCUGCCAAGGAAUUGCCUAAACAUCUGCAAUCUACCCCAGUAGCCAACAUUAAGCAAUGUGAAACGAGCUGCUUAAAUAACUGCGCUUGUAUCGCUUACGCCUACGAAAACAACCGGUGUUCAAUUUGGAUUGGUAGUCUCUUGAAUCUGCAACAACUUGCAGUAGGUGAUACAGACGGAAAAACUAUUUACAUCAAGCUUGCAGCAUAUGAGUUUUCAAGUCCCAGGAAUGACAAGAGAAAAUUCAUUGAUGGUGUUGUUGGCUCAGUGGCUUUCGUACUUCUCCUAGGCCUUGUUGUGGUUGCAUGCUUAAGAUGGAAAAAGAGAACUUUCAAAAAAACGAAAGCAAUGGAGGGCUCGUUGGUGGCGUUUUCAUACAAAGAAUUGCAAAAGGCGACAAAGAACUUUUCAGAGAGAUUGGGUGGAGGAGGUUUUGGCUCCGUUUUCAAAGGGUUGCUGCCUGAUUCAAGCGUCAUAGCUGUGAAGAGGCUUGAAAGCAUCAGCCAAGGAGAGAAGCAAUUCCGGACAGAAGUCACCACAAUGGGAAAUAUCAAUCACGUCAAUCUAGUUCGGCUUCUUGGAUUCUGCUCUGAAGGUACAAAGAGGUUGUUAGUCUAUGAUUACAUGCCAAAUGGUUCUUUAAAUUCCAUUCUCUUCCAUGAAACGGGUUCAAAAAUUCUUGAUUGGAAAACAAGAUUCAGAAUCGCGCUUGGGUCAGCCAGAGGCUUAGCUUAUCUCCAUGAAAAAUGCAGAGACCGCAUCAUACACUGUGACAUAAAGCCAGAAAACAUUUUAUUAGAUGCUGAAUUUGAUCCAAAAGUGGCAGAUUUUGGCCUGGCAAAACUUAUUGGGCGGGAGUUUAGCAGAGUCCUAACAACCAUAAGAGGGACAAGAGGUUAUCUUGCGCCAGAAUGGAUUUCAGGAGUUGCCAUUACAGAUAAAGCUGAUGUUUAUAGCUACGGGAUGAUGCUUUUUGAACUUGUAUCAGGAAGGAGAAACUCUGAGCAAUUUGAUAGUGAAAAUUCGAAAUUCUUCCCAACUUGGGUCGCUAGCGCAAUAACUGAGGGUGUUAAUGUCCUCAACUUGUUAGAUACUAGGCUGGAGGGCAAUGCUGAUAUAGAAGAGCUCUUAAGAAUAUGUAGAGUGGCUUGUUGGUGCAUCCAAGAUGAUGAAACUCAAAGGCCAUCAAUGGGUGAAGUAGUUCAAAAGCUCGAGGGGGUUUUGGACGUGACGCAGUCUCCAAUUCCAAGUUCUAUCCAAGCAUAUUCUCACUACCAGGACCACAUAAUUUUCUUCACAGCCUCAUCCUCAUCCUCAAACCAGAGUCCGCAUUCACAGAAUAAUAAUCCUUCAGCUGCUUCAUCGUAGGCCACAUCAUCGACACGUAAUUUUGGCUUCAGGUGGGUCAGCUAAUUACUCAAAAAUAAUAUAAUAUAUUUUACUUCAUAGGAAAACUAUGUCAAUGUAACCUCCUACCCAGAAAAAUCUGGCUCAUGUUGAAAGAGUGCUAUGUUAACAUGAGUUUGAUAUCACAUAAUAAAAAUAUUUAAAAUGAUA